CAAUCAUUGUUUUGAAACAGUAAUCGAAAAAUGAAAGAUACAAUCACUCCUGUAUCAGCUGUCAAACGAGUAAAAUUGUUUUAAUUUAUAAUAAUAUAUUUAAUAAACUAAGUUAUGUGAAAAGUGAAAAAAAAACUAUGCAAGAAAUUCGUUAUAUUUUAUCCGAAACUCAAGAAAUAAAUUCAGUACUCUAUAAUCCAAUAAAUGCGACUCAACGAAUAAAGUAUACUUGCGUUGCUGUUUCUUCAAAUUUAAUUGUUCUCGGAUCAACGAGUGGAAGUCUAUAUUUAUUCAAAAGAGAACCAUGCACUUUUCAACAACUCAUUCCACUUUCGGAAGGAGCUGUGUCUCGAGUCGAGAUAUCACCUGACGAAAAAGCAAUUGCUUUUGGUACAAUUCGUGGUUGUGUUUGUCUCGUUACAUUUAAACCUACAAUAAAAUUAAUCGCAGUUUCCACUGAGCAUAUUGGAGAAAAAAUAACAAAUCUCUGCUGGAAUGAUAAUAGCUCUGAACUUUAUAUUGGAGACAGCGUUGGCAAAGUGUCUGUUAUGGUUCUUUCAUUUUUUACGGUAAAUGGAAUGUUUCAAGUGCCAAAUUGUACAUUAAUGCAACUUGAUUCAACUAUUGUACAAUUAAAUUUUUCAUCUCCCCUUUUACUUAUUUCAACUCUAACACGUUGUUAUAUUUGCGAUACUAUUCUCGAGCAUUAUAAACAAGUUGGAAAUAAAAUACGUGACGGUGAAUAUGGUGCAUGUUUUUUAAAGAGGCCAUACGAUGGUGAAAAAUCAUCAAAAACAAUUGAAGAGGAAAUUGUUUCACGAAGAAGAACAUUCAGUCUCAAUACUGAGAGUGAGAAUUCAAUUUUAAAUGAAAAUCAUUUUAAAAUUUUUUCUGCUAGGCCAAGUUCAAGAAUUUGGGAAGUCACGACAAAUGGAGUUGUUAUUAAAACACAUCAAUUUAAGGAUGCACUGUCAAUUCCUCCAUUGCCAGUUUAUAAAAUAUCAAAAAUAUUACAGAUGGAUAACGAUCGUUCCUGUCUUCCGCAAUCGCUCAUGUUUUCCCAACUCUCAUCAAUAAAUGGCGAAUUUUUAUUUGCCUAUACAACAACAGGAUUAUAUAUUUUAGAUCCAAUAAAUGCUUCCGUUAUUUUGUGGAAUAAUGAAUUUUCCAUUUCGGAAGCUCACGUUAUUAAUAAUGAAAUUUACAUUAUAACGCAAUCGGGAAAAUUUUUAUGUCUCACACUUUGUACAAUUGAUUCGUUAAUUGUCAAUUUAUAUGAUAAAAAACUUUAUCAAGACUGUUUACAAAUCUCAAAAAUAUUUCGAAAUCGUGCAAUAAAAGAAUUAGAAAAUAAAAAUCAAUUGAAUUACGAUCAAUUGGAAUUAAUUUACGAUAUUGAAUUAAAAUCAGAAAAUUCUAGUCCUCAUUUAAAUGCCAUUAGGGAAAUACUUCCAUUAAUUCAUAGUCUUCGUACGACUUUAAAUCAACCAAAGAAACUUGAAUCGGGAAUUGUAUUGGUAAAUUCGGGAAGUUCAAAAAAUAGUCCCGAACCAUCGGUAAGUUUUAAAAAUAGUCCCGAAUUGGAAUUUAUCGAAAGACAAAACAAUGAUGAUGAUGAUGAUGAUGAUGAUGAUGAUGAUUUUAUUUCCAAUGAUUUGGAUUUGACGAGCGAGGAAAUUGUCAUGAGAUCCGGGAGGGAGGAAAAAAAAAGAAAUAAAGAAGAAAAACCAAUGGAAAAGGAUAAAAGAGAGACAAUUCUUCAUGAAACAAUGUGUAAUCUUCAAAUGGAACUUAAAUCACUUCAUCGACUUGUCGAAUCAUUAAAAUUUUCGACGGAUAAUGAAGAAAUUGAACAAAUAUUAAUUAAAGUCGCCGACAUGAUAAAGGAGAUAAAAAAUAGAUAUGAAGAACCUGAUGAUUUGAAACGUCUUUAUUUCGAAAUGAUACGUGCAGCUGAACUUCAAUCGAAUAAAUUGCUUCUUCAUAAUGUGCCAAUUGAUUUUAUAAAAUCAACAACGAAUGAAACAAUUUUAAGGGAAAUUUUACGUAUUUUCAUUGAUUUCAAUUCAUCAAAUCGCAAUGAUUGUUUAACUUGUGGUUAUCCACAGCCAACAUUUAAACGUGCCAAAGAGCCAAAAUUUCUCGAUAUUGGAUCAUUGUUUUUGAAAAAAUUUCAAAAUGAACCACUCGAGUGCCUGAAAAUCUGUGAUAAUGUUCCAUUUAUGUGGAGGGAAUAUUUACCUCUUUAUAUGAAUAAUUUUUCCACUUUAGAAAUUGAAGAUAAAGAAGAAGAAGAAGAAAGAUGGGAAAUUUUAUCUGCAUGCCUACAGACAAAAGAUAGUGUUGCAUUGUCUAUUAUUUUACCACAUUUAACUGAAAGAGAAUGGAAAAAAGUUAAUGAGAUAUUGAAAAAAAUUGAAAAGGGAAUUUGUCUUUCUUGUGGUGAUUUACAGAGUGAAAGAAAAAUUGAAAAAUUCAUCGAUUGGGAAACAGUGACAUAUGAAAUUUUAAAGAAAGAUGGAUCAGAUGCGACUUUGGAAUUUUUAUUUAAAGUCGAAAAAUUUAUUCGUGAAUUACGAUUAGAUGCAAAAGUUUAUCAGACAAUAAUAUUUGCCAAAAUUUUUGCAAAAAAUGGCAUCAAAUAUAAUUUGGAUUUUAGUCGUAAUCAAUCUGAAGAUGCUGAAUUAAUGUCAAUGUGUUCUCCAAAGGUACAAGAAGAUUUGAUGAUAUCGUUGGAAAAGGAUUUAAAGCAAUCAAUUGAAAGAAAUGCUUUUGGCUCGGGUCCUCAUCAUUGGGGAAUUCGUUAUUCAUCAAAAUCCUCAACGUGUCCUUGUUGUACACUUUCUCUACAAACACCCGUAUUAUUGGGUAACAAUGGCAUUGCUCUCUUUCCCUGUGGACACGCUUAUCACGUAAAUUAUACAGAUAAUUGUUUAUUUAAGUUUCUUAUUUUUUUCUUGUCAUCCAAAGACGUAGAUUCUAAAACAAAUCUAUAAUCAUCAACUUACUUACGGCAAGUUUUAAGUAAUCUGAAAAUUUAUUUUUCAUUAUUAUUGUUAUUAUUAUUAUUAUUAUUAUUAUUAUAACUAUUAUUAUUAUCAACGUUAAAAAUAUUCUUCAAAAUAUGAAAAUUGAGAAACGAAUUUCACAAUUAUUAUUCAAAUCUCAUAUUUAUCAAAUACUUUUUUUUUUUUCUUUUUUGUUCUUUUUCUUCUUCUUAUUCUUUUUUUCCCCUUUUUUUGUUGUAAAAAAUAUUUUUGUACUAUAAAUUUGUUUACAAGUUGAGCAUAUAAAAACAAAAAUCUUUGAAAAACUUCAAGAAUCGAAUUUUUUUUAAAAAUUAAUUUGUUAAAUUAAUUUAUUAAUUUGUUAAAUUAAUUUAUUAAGUUGUUUUCACAAUAGAAUAAAAUUGAAAUUCCAAGUUUUUCAAAGAGAAAUAAUUUUUCUUUUGUACACACACUGUUUCGGAGUUUGGAAAAGAAACGGAAAAAAAAAAAAAAAAAAAAUGCGCUCUUAAAAAUAAUUUCUCGCAACAAAAAAUAAAAAGUAGUCAAACGAUUAAAAAAAACAUUUCGUUUUUCUUUCUUAAUAUAAAGAAAAUUAAACAUUAAAGGAUUAUCUACAAUUAUGAAUAAAAUCAAAAUAUUCGAUUUUUUCUUGUUUUCUUUUUCUUUUUUUUUUUGGUGCCAUUAUCUAUAUUAUCUUGAGAUACAAAUCUUGCGUCGUAGAUUUUUUUUCUCAUAAAAAAUUUUUUUUUUAAUUUUUUUUCAACGGCGCAUAAAGAAAUAUUUCCCGAUUGACAUCGGGAUUACAAUGUUUUUUUUAUAUGUAUUUAUAUAUAUAUAUAUAUAUAUAUUUAUGCAUACAAAAAAAUAUGCAUAUAUUUAUAUAAAUAUAUUCCUUAAUAAUACCUACACAUUUGGGAGAAAAAAAAAACAAAUUAAUGUCUUAUAAAUAUUUAAAGAAUUGCGAGAAUCCUUAAAAAGAAAAAAAAACUGAUCAUUCAAAUUUUUUUUUUUUUUAUUUUUAAGAAAAAAAAUUUACUUGUCUUUCAAAAAUUACUUUUAUUAAAAAAAAAGUAUAUCGUAAAUUGUAAAAAAUCUUUUUUUUUCACGCGAAAUGUAUAAAAUGCACAAAAAAAAAUGUGGAAAAAUGGUAAAUUUUUUUUCUCUUUAAAAUGCCUUUUUAAAAAAAAAAAAAAAUCACACGAAAUUGUGAAUUUUUUUUUUUUUUUUUUU